CACAUCCUUUCAAUCGUGAUCAUAUCUUUGAAAUUAAUGAUUUUAAGAAAAAUUUUUUAAAGAAACUUUCCUUUUCAUUUUUUGUUACACUUUUCAUUGGUGAGAUGAUUGUUGCAAUUAGAAUGAUGGAUGUUUCGGUAAAAAAUUGAGAAGAGAUUGCCCGCACAGAAAUCAAUACGUCAGAGGAAUAGCUUCGUCGGUAGAUAUUGCAUCAUCGAACAUCAGAUAUGAAUGACGAAGUUCUUGUAACUCGCUCACGAGGAGCAGCUGCUGAAGGUGUGAGGGACCAAUACGCAGAUGGAAAAGCUGCCAAGGUAUGGAGUAUGUACAUCGGAGACAAGAAGAAACGAACGCAAAAUUAUAAAGAUUUCCUCGUGGGAAUUUUGAGGAAGAGAGGAUGCAAGAGAAUACUCGACGUAGCUUGUGGUACUGGAGUGGAUUCUGUGAUGCUAUUGGAAGAGGGAUUUGAGGUCGUCAGUGUAGAUGCCUCUGACAAAAUGUUGAAAUAUGCAUUGAAGUCAAGAUGGGAACGGCGAAAAGAGUCGGCCUUUGAUAAUUGGGUGAUUGAAGAAGCCAAUUGGUUAACGCUCACUGAUGAUAUUGUGGACAUAAUUGGAGAUGGUUUCGACGCGGUCAUAUGUCUAGGGAACAGCUUCGCCCAUAUGCCUGAUAAUUUCGGAGACCAAAGGGAACAGAAGCAGGCCCUUAGAAACUUUGAGAAAUGUGUAAAGCCCGGUGGAUUAUUACUUAUCGACCAUCGCAAUUACGAUCACAUCAUCAGCCGUGGAGAGACCCAAACCAAGUGUAUUUACUACAGCAAUGAACAUGUAACAGAUAUAAAAACAUCAGUUCUGUUCGUCGCUGGAAAACCUCAGAUGGUGAUCAUGGAUUACAUGGUAACCCUAGACAGCGGCAAAGACAACACCAGUGAUUUUCGUCUCUCGUAUUACCCUCAUCUCCUCAAGGUUUUCCACCAAAUGCUUGCGGAAACGUUCGGACCUGACGCUAAGCACGAUAUUUAUGCUGAUUUUAUGCCCCUUGAGGUGAAUGACACACCCGGAUUCUACAUUCACAUGCUAGAAAAAAGUAUGUGAGCUUCAAUGAAACUUAGGGAAAACAUCAAGUCGCAUCUAAGAAGAUUUUUCAAAAUUACGUAUGAAAAGGGGCAAAGAAUAAUGAAACUAUAAGUUAGCUUCAGGAAAUCAAAUUUUCUGUACAAACAUUUGGUGAAAAAUUUUAUGAAAUUUCUGUUGGAUUGUAUGAUUUCUUCUGAAAAAAACGAUCGCACUUAACAAUUUGCCGAGAAUUGGCUAGAGCAUUGCCUUAAGAAGAAUCUUUAACUGAUAUUGUUUUCGGUAGGAAAAUCCGGUAAAGUACUACCUUACCAACCUCUAGGUAGUCGACCUUUGUGGGGUUCAUACCAGUCGCAUCCCCCUCACGAACCCUGGAUUACGCCGAUUAAAUCAUACCUAGCAAGAAUUUAAGAAAUUUAAUGAAAUAUAAAUUAGAAAAAAAUGUAUAUCCGUAGAAGUGAGGAGGAGUGAGAAGUCUCGUCCAUCUACGCAAGCACCCAUAAAAAUGAGGCGACUUGAAGUAUAUUAAUUCAAUGGUGAAAUCUGAGUUACGUGUGAGGGUGGUAUUGUAUCUCUUUACCGAAAAUUCCAUAAGAAAUUCUUUAGACUAGUUCUCUUGUCGGUUUUGUAUACGUGAUAAGACUGAUGAAAUCUCAAGUGUUUAAAAUUUCUAUAAUAAAUAAAAGCAUAUGAUGGAGAGAAUGAAUUUAUUUUUCUAUCAACGUUUUUUUUUGUCUCGAUGUGAUU